GGAAAGCCUUCUAGCGAACGCGUCACGCAGGCCUCGACGAUACCAUAAGAUCAACCAUCGCUAUCGGGGACAGCGUCCUCGACGGCCUGACAGCGGAUCUGCUCUCUCUGCUUUCAGCAACAUUGCACACUGCUCACCGAGUUGACCUGCGGCGCGGGUCGACCAGGACUUGUAUCAUCACUCCUCUCCGCCGCUCUGGCAUGCGGCCUGGUUGCUGAAGCCCUCUUCCUGCUCUCGUGCUUGCGCAGUCUGUGCUUGAUACCUUCUUCUAUUGCUCCUCCAACCUACAUCUGUCGACACCUACCACCCAAUGGCUACGCUGGCGAUGCCCACGCUCUUGUCAAGCAUCGAGGAGCAAAGCGUCUCUUCCCCGCUCGUUACCAGUGAGGGCGUGGAUCCCGAUUUCGACGCAGACCUGAGAGCGAAGAUCCAGGAAGGGCUCAGACAUCUCGUGGAGGGAGCGAAGGCGGAUAGGGAUGUCCAGUUGCAGUCGCGAGACCUCUCCGACGCCGAAUGCGAGAACAUCAUUAGGAGAUUUGACGACGAAAUGAAGAGUGUUCGGCGAUUGGCUGAGGAGCAAUACCAGCAGAUAAUGGCCCGCGUCAAAGCCGAACGCGAAUGGACCGAGGGCACACCCGCCCCCGAACUUUUGGUCCAGGAACAACAGGCGAUUCUUGACGCGAUAAUGCGGCAGCAUGCUGUUCGUCCUCGUCGCCCGCCUUCUCCGCGUCCUCGUAGCUCGUCGGAUGCCUCGAGUGUGGCUGAUAACCAACGUGGAGAGCAGAGUGCGAGGUCAUCGCGCGCAGAGAAGCUUACGGCGGCCUCUGAAGAUGAUGGAGAGCGCCCUCCUGAGCGGUCACGGAGCUCGUACGGUCGGCAGCCUGCUACGCCGAGCGGUUCUAUCAGAGGCGGUGUGCCUCAGCCAGUGUCCGGUAUAUCUGCCUACUUCAAUGGUCCAAUGUAUGGCGGCCCUUCGGAUGCGGAUGUGGCUGAACCCGGCCGAGGAAGUGUUAGUCGACGGCCCAGUCAGGCUUCGAUGCCUAAGGUCUCUAGGCAGGAGAUCUGGAUACCUCCAAAUACACCUGAUGAGGCGAGACCGGCAUCGCAUACACUUGCCCAUGCGUCGUCAGACUCGCCCGUGGUGCCACAGUCGACCAGACGCGAAAGCUUCGCGAGUAGCGGUGGACGGCUCUCGAGAUCGGGAAGCAUCCAAUCCAACGUGGUGCAGACAGAUCCUGAUUUGCCCCCGUCUACCCAUGUACCGAGAGAGAGGGAUGUGCCGGAGGAUCACUGGCAGCCGUCAGCCAGAGCCCGAGAGAAGCAGCGCGAGGCGCAGCCGCAGCUGGUCCGACCUCGUGUAUCCGCAGACAUAACUAGUAGACGGAACGACGACCGCGCCCCAGCGGUCCCCUCUCCAGCAUGGUCACAGUUCAGUGCUGAUGGCCAGUAUCCUUUCUCUGCUCACGCAGGCAGUAGCAUGGACUACUCCCCUUCACCGACCGAGAGGAGAGGUAUCCCUAUCGUCCAGGGCUCUUCUCGCUCCUCGUCUAUGCACCAAGGAUCUCCAGAGAGUCUACGACCCCACCCUGCGAGGGCGGCAACCAAGAGCUCUUGGUCGUAUGACUACAGCCCCUUGGCAGCGGGACCCUACGCCUCACAGAGUCUGCAGAGCAAUCUGGCCACGGGACCUAGGGCGUUGGCUACAAAGCGAUCAUUCACCGUCGACGACGACCUCCGUCCGGCUCAAGGUAGUCCUAUCAUGCGGACGUACGGCCGAAGGGACUCCACCGGAUCGCGAUCUGUUCGCUCGCAGCGCUCCAAACCAGACAUGUACGGUCGCCAUCUAGGCGAUGGCUCUAACCUGUCGCCAUUACCAUCGGAUGAUUCUGGCAUGGAUGGCUUUGCCAUUGAUUGGGAUGACUCCGAGUAUGGCGUGGAAGCGUUCGAGAGGCGUGAAGAAGACCUCAAGUUGGACCGAAGGGCCGAGGAACUGCAGAGGCGGGACGUGGAGGUCAGACAGAGGGAAGAAGACGUCAGGAGAAAGGAGGACGACGUCAGGAAUAUGGAGGAGGACGCCAAGAAGAAGGAUGCAGACGCGAGGCGUCGCGAAGACAAGGUGAGGGAGAGAGAGCACCAAGUCAGGAAGUGGGAGGAGGAAGCCAGGCAGCUAGAGGAUGAGGCACGGAAGCUGGAUGCUGCUGCGAUAAAGAGAGAGGAGGAUGUACGACAGAGGGAAGACGAAGCCAGGCGCAGGGACCGAGAGGCGAAGCGCAGAGAAGACGAGUCCCGACGGGUGGAGGACGCGGCGAGGCGCAAGGAAGAAGACGCCAAACAGAGAGAAGACGAGGUUAAGCGAAUGGACGAGGAGGUCAGACAGCGAGCCCAAGUUGUGGGCGUCUUAGAAGAGGAGCUGCGGGUCCGUCGGGGGGAGCUAGACCUGAGGGAAGAAGAGCUCCGACACAAGGAGUCAGAUAUCAGGCGCAGAGAAGAAGAGCUCCAGCGUAGCGAGUCGGACAUUCAGCACAGAGAAGAAGAGCUCAAGGCCAAAGAACUAGGCAUACGGUCACUCGAGGAAGACAUGCACAGGCAACUCGAUGACGCGCAGCGUUUAGAGGCUGAGAGUCUCGCGGAAAGGACGCGUGAAGACGAGGAGAACAGGCGGCGAGCAGAGGCAUCUCGUCAAGCAGAGCGCGCUCGAGUCGAGUCGAGAGCGAGAGCGGAAGCCCAGGAAACUGAGCGCGUCCGUGUUGAGAGAGCAAGACGAGAAGCGCAAGAAGCGCAGGAAACUCGCCGACUUGCGGAGGCGAGAAGAGCGAAGGAAGAAGAGACGAGACGACGUGAAGAAGCGCGGCGGCUAGAAGCACAGCGACUCGAGGAAGCCAGACAGCGCGAGGCGGUACAGCGACAAGAGGUCGAGGCAGAAGCGCGGCGUCGAGCAGAAGUAGCACAACGAGAGUCCGCAGAGCGCCCCAACGGUGACCGGGACGAGGCACCUCGUCCGGACUCCGACCUCAACGUCAACGAUCCAGACUUGAUCCGCGAACAGGAGGUGUUAUGGCGGAAAUAUGGCCGCAACCGGAAUGACAGUCUGUCAUCCGAUGGCUCCCCUCGUUCCACCACAUUCGCGUCGGCCUCGCAGUCUUCGGCGCCACGCAAUAUUCCCGGUCGUACUGGGUCGACAGCGACAAGUGCAUCCGCGGAUCGUAGUAGCACUGCAUCAUCGUCGAGCUACGGGAGCACAUCCGGCUUCUCAUCCUUCUCAGGCCAUUCCAGUACGUCCACCUAUACGCAAGCUUCAUCCGCUACACCAACGAGCACUCCGACGCCGAGUGUCAAACAAACUCGCGGCGGUUGGAAGCCAGCUGGCGCGCCUCCGACCAGUGCCACAACCGGGCAGCAGCCAUCCGCGUCGUCGUCUUCGCUUCCGCCUCCGACACCGCAAGAGGAGGAGGAGUGGAAACGUCGCCAGAGGGAGCACGCCCGGCAACAGGCAGAAAAGUUUCAGCGCAUGCAAGAGGCCGCGGAACAGGAGAGAUACGCCCGGUCUGCCAAACCAUUGUCCAGGGAGGAAGUUGUGAAGGUCUUCGAGGAGCACGAGCGUCGUUGGUCAAGAUUGGCGACGUUGGAUCUGCUUACCUGGUAUUCGUUCCCCUGGCCGAUAUUACAGCGGGCGAAUAGUCCGGAAGAGUUGACGGUGCAAGCCAUACAUGCAUACGUCUUGUCGCCGCACCAUCCCAACGAGAAGAACAAGUCAGCCAAGGAUCUCAUCAAGGACUACAUCAAACGAUGGCAUCCUGAUCGCUUCGAGACCAAGUUUCUGCCGAAGGUGCGCGAGGACGAUCGGGAGAAGGUCAAAGAGGGUGCCGGAGUUGUUGCGCGAAAUCUUAACGAGAUGUUGACUCGACAGUCGUCAGCGCUGCAUGAUUUCGCGACGUGA